AUGUGUUAUGCUUAUUUUCAGGGAGUGUCUAUUUCAGAGGAAUAUGAUGAAGCAAAUGUAAAUGAAAUAGAAUAUUUAUCUACAAAUGAGAAAAUUUCAGAAGAAGAUAAUGAAGAUUAUAAUAUUGAUGAAACUGAUGAAGAAAAUAAUUAUAAUUAUAAUAAAAAUAAAGAUGAAAAUAUAGAUAAUAUGAUGCAAGUUGAUAUUAAAGAAGGAUUAAGUAAAGAAACUAUAGAAGAUCUUAAACUUUUACAUUUAAAAUCAUUAUAUAAUUUUAUAGAAGUAGUAUAUAAUGAUAUUAUCAAAUUAUUUGUCAAUAAAAAUAUUAGUUUAUAUAAGAUUAAAAAAAUAUUAGAAGAAAUUACAUGA